UGAUUCCCUUUUUCGCCCCACCCCUCGUCAGUGCCCUCCCCUCCUCCCUUAGUUUUCCAGUCGCUUUUACGAUGGCGGCCGCGAUCAAUGUACCUCUUGGUCGCGCUUUCGUUAAAAAAAAAAAAAAAAUAUAUAUAUAUAUAUAUAUAUAUAAUAAUAAUAAUAAUAAUAAUAAUAAUAAUAAUAAUAAUAAUAAUAAUAAUAAAAUAAAAAAUAAUUAAACGCGUACUCUGCAGGCUAGGGUCGGGAUCAUUUCAGGGGCUGUACAGUUCACCAGUUCUCUUAGCGAAAUUAAAAUACUUGUUCCUGAGUUUAUUUAAUUAAUUAUCAUUAAUUCAUUUGGAGAUUGUAUUUUCUUAUUUUAUUUCUUAUUUUAAUAUUUAUUUAUUUAUUUAUCUAUUUAUUAAGUUGUCUGUCCAUAUUUAAGUAACAUGUCAUUUUGCAAUUGGACCUUUUGUAAAGCGGUUUCCAUGUUACAACUACAUGGCCCAGCGGUAACCAGUGACGGCAAAAGUGAAUAGAGGCCAAAAUUCAUCACGUGGUUCUGUUUUCCAUCAAACAAAUCCCGCUCAGUCAGUUUUUACAGAAAUUGAAGGUUGCUGACGGGUCAAGAAGGUCGCAGAAUUCAGCACUCAAGCUAACGCUUGAUCAGUCCUUUCUUCCUUUUGUCCGAGAACAGACCAGACGCAAGUCACAGGUUGAUGAUACGGGUAGUAACAGGCAAUAGCACAUCUAGGGACCUGACCAAUUAUGAUUUCGGCUUUGGGUCGAGAGUGCAAGAUUUCUUGUUAGAUUUCUGACUAACCAGUACCAGUACUAACCAGUUGCGUGUUAUCAAGAUCUGUCAAUAUCAGCGAGCAUGAGAUCAUCAUGGAGUGUAUCACAGGCGAUUUGACUGAGGUGAACAGCGUCAAUGCCCGCGUCAAUAUAAAUGUCGGUCACAACAAAUCCAUUCAAUCUUUGUCACACAAAACUGCUAGUAUCAGUGUCAACUUAUCAGGACAAGUCAUUUGUCUAACCAGUUGCGUGUUAUCAAGAUCUGUCAAUAUCAGCCAGCAUGAGACCAUCAGGGAGUGUAUCACAGGCGAUUUGACUGAGAUGAACAGCGUCAAUGCCCGCGUCAAAAUAAAUGUCGGUCACAACAAAUCCAUUCAAUCUUUCUCACACAAAACUGCUAGUAUCAGUGCCAACUUAUCAGGAAAACUCAUUUGUCUUUGCUAUGCAAUAGCUUACUGAUAUCUUUGUUUCCUUUCCCUAUCCAUGUAACCAUUCCUUCUUGCAUCUCUCUUGUUUUAUAACCCAGUUGUCUCGGUACUGUUAACUCAACAGGGGCACCUAACGACGGUUUCCUCCUAAAGACACUGAAAGUACUUUUUAGGCUAUCCAGAGUACUUUUAGUUCUCUAAAAACCCAUUCUAAGUGGCGCUAUAAAAUUAGCACUUGUUCCGUCAUCCUAGGGAAACUUGAGUCUUUUGCGAAAUUACAAGAGCUUCAAAUCAGUCACGGUGGUCGGUUGCUAGGGCUUUUGCUCCCACACCUCUCAAAACUGAGAGUUUAAGGCCAUAGAGAGAAGUAGAAUGCAUCGAAUGUAACAAAACUUGGCAAGGAAGUAAGUUGAUAAAUUAUCUAUUUAUUGGUGUUUAUUUCAUCCCAUGUGACUUCUAUUGUGACGUCAUAAAUGAUGUCCAAAUUUGGCAUCAGAAAGAAAAUUCAGGAAAGAAAUGGUAAAAAUUUUACGUUAUUUUUCUGUAUAGAAUUCUAUGCUUUCUGGUGCAAACCCCAUCUCAAUCGGAUGAAAAGGCGCAAAGUUACAUUUAAUUAAAGAAAUUCAAAUUUCCCGCCAAAUGACCAUAUAUGGUCAAACUUUAGGGGUAUUUCAACGCGAAAACAAUGAAGGUAGUCGCAAAGGAGAAAAGACAAAUUUGCAUAAAAACAAAAUUGUAGUUUUUUGAGUUUAGGAUGUGUGGUCUAUGAUGCGUAUUUCGUCACGAAUUACGUCAUUUUGAUGCCAUAAUGACGUAAUUUGUGACGAAGUACGCGUCAUAGCACCAUAUAUGCCGAAUUCAAAAAACUACAAUUUUGAUUUUAUGCAGCUUUGUCUUUUUUCCGUUGUAAAUACAUUCAUUGUUUUCGCGUUAAAAUACCCCUAAAGUUUGACCAUAUAUGGUCAUGAGGCGGGAAAUUUGAAUUUCUUUAAUUACCUGUAACUUCACGCCAUUUUAUCCGAUUGAGAUGGGGUUUUCACUGUAAAUAUUGUUUUUCUGUAACAAAAAUGUUUGCAACAUUUUGAACACUGCUUAUCAAAUUUUUAACGUUGUUACUAAAAAUGGGUGCAUGUCACUUAUGACGUCAUACUUUCAAGAAAAGUCAAAAAUACCUUUACAAUUGUAAAAAAUUAAAGAAAACUUUUCUCCAAUUAAGAUGUUCUAAUUUUUUGCUUCAUUUGAAAUAUAAACUACCCCUCUGGAAACCAGAAAUUGAAUUUAAGAACCAAAUGGGAGCAAAAGCCCUAGCAACCGAGCAUCGUGAGUGAUUAUAAUUUACCGAAAAUUCUAGAUGCAAUGUAACGUAUUACGAAAGUGAGACUUUUUCUGAUUCCUCUCUCCAUCAUAUUUUUUAAUUCGAAAAUUUUAGGUUUUCUUUUUUCUACAAAAAUAGCCUAACCUGGGGACGUGAAAUGUGAAAAAUCAAACUCAAGAAAAUCGUAGGGAAUUUAUUAGAUAAGCUUCGAAAACUGUACGUGAAUGGGACGGUCAACUAGAAAUUUUUAGCCGCCCUCAAGUUAUAGAAAAUUCUAGGCAAUAUUUUCUUCUCCGAACGGAUAUUUUACAGAAAACAGUCGUUAGUGUCCCUGACUCAAGGUUUGUUUAUGUUGUUAACAUAUUAUUUAUUACACGUGAUAAAGUGUUUAAAAACGUUUUAGGCAUACUUGUGCGUGUGUUGCUAUAGCGAAGACAGGUUUUAAUCAAAAUUCUCUUUUUUUACUCAGAUAUCGACGAAUGCACUGCCUCUUCUCCCCUAUGUGACGUCAACGCUCAAUGCUCGAAUACUCGUGCGUCUUAUAGCUGCAGAUGCAAAGUUGGUUUUUCUGGAAACGGAAAAACUUGCAAAGGUUUGUGAAGGCUUGUGUGGUAGGGAAGCUUAAGCCAAAUUUACAAAAUUUUACCUUGCGGUAAAGUAUUUAUUUUCGUUGAAAUGAUCGUUGAUGCUAACAAUAAAUAUGCUUACAAUGUCCUUUCGCAUGCGAAAAAAUGCUUAGCAUAAAGGUGAGAUAAUGGCGCUGUCAAUUUUGACUGUGUUGGAAUAUACUUUUAUUCACUAUCCAUUGUUUAUUUUCAGACAUAAAUGAGUGCACUACGAACUCUCAUAGCUGUGACGUCAACGCUGUUUGUCAAAAUACUGCGGGCUCACACAACUGUUCGUGUAAGGCGGGAUAUACAGGGGAUGGAAAAACAUGUUAUGGUAAGUUAGAAAAUGAAAGAGAAAACACCAGUUAAAAGUGUGUACUUAACCAAGUAUGAGUUUUUGGCUAAAAGCUUCUAUAAUUAAAAACAUAUCAGACGGAACUUACAGAUAAAUGAAAACCUAACGUGAAAUAUUAUCGCACGUUUUUAGAUGUGGACGAGUGUUCUAGCAAUGCUCACAGCUGUGAUGUCAACGCAGUGUGUACAAAUACCCAAGGAUCGUAUUCCUGUGCAUGCAAAGCUAAAUAUACAGGAAAUGGUACAACAUGUGUUCUACUUGUACUUGGUAAGGACGUACUCUAUACUUAAAGACAAGUUUAUAUAGAAAUUCAACAACUAGUACUUAUUGAAAUAACACGAUUAUCUUGACUAAAGUGAGUUUACGUAACAGGAAGGCAAGGAAAAGAGGACGGCAAAACGCUCGUGAUAUUCACUCAACCUUAAUGCUUUCCGGUCUUUUAAAAAAAGAUCUGAUCAAAGCAAAGUAAAGUUUGGCGAAAAGUUAUUUCAAACAAAAUUAUUGUCAGGCUUAUCUUGUCACACUCUUCUUCCCUCUCCCUUCCUGUUGCGCAAGUUCACUAAUACGAACAUAGGGACUGUAAUUUAUGCAGAAAAUAUACCCCAAGGAGAUGGAUAAGAAAUAAUAAUUUCACACGGAGUCAAUGGAUGGGAGAGCGUACAGCAGUAUUUCACAUAAAAGCGCUCAGGUGUGAGUAGUACUUUCUGCUGAGAUAAGUUUGGGCAGGAUGAUACUUUGUUCAGUUGUUUUAAGAAGUUACACACUCGUUCCAAAGGCUUCGAUAUGUUUACAUGAAGAUACAGUCAAACAAACGCUCCGCACUCAAAAGUCACAAUUCACAUUCCCUUUUUUUAAUAAAAUUAUGUCAUGAUAGUACUGAACAAAUAUAUUAUGCUUACUCUUGCUUUAAACUCAGUCCUAUGUACAUUUGUACCGUUGAUUCUUUAAGCCUUUCGCUUUACAAAAUGAGCUGGGCCCAGUUGUUCAAAAGGUGGAUAACGCUAUCCACUGGAUAAAUCUCUAUCCGGUGGAUAGCGCGAUUGUUUUGCCUACUGCUUAUCCGGCGCUGGAUAGUGAUUUAUCCGGUGAAUGGUGCUAUCCAACGUUUCAACAACUGCAACUGAGGCCUGGAGUGUGAAGAAGCCCCAUCUACGUAACCUCGCAACGCCCUAGAAGAUGAGAAAAAAGUAAGUGAGUUAUAACGAUUUUAAAACUUAUAAUAAUCAUCAUGAAAAUUCUUUGCAAUACUAACCAGAAAAAAAACAACCCUGUACUUAUACCCUAAAAAGCCAGUUACAGAAACAAAUAAAUACAGUGUAGGUUAGUAACCAAUAUAACGAAAGAUUCAUUAUUUAUUAUUGUUUUUUUAACAGACGCUAUAACUAAUGUUGUUCAUCAGUUACGUAUUAGUGAUUAUUGAAAUUUUUUAAAAAUAUUCAAUGGAUCGUCUCCUUUUUUCAGCACCAUUCAAAGCUGUUUUUACAAACCUUGGUACAAGCGGAAGACUUUUAUAUAGUAAAACCCCAACUGGGGCCGAUGCGCCAAGGGGUUCUUUGUUACAUCGUUGCCCCCUUUGUACCGGGGUGGUGAUUUAGAUAAUCGUGCACAUCCAAAGGUUUAUCGAUGACCUUACGCAAUGACUGCUUUGAUAUACUUUUUCAUCAUCCAGUAUCCUUCAGCGCGGUCUUCACAAACCUAGGUGCGAGUGGGAGACUGGGUCCAACUUCUCUUGGUAGUUACUACAGUGGACAAGAUCAUGACGGUCAAGUUACAUUGCACAGCGGUAUUCAACAAUGGACUGUGCCUAAAACAGGUGACUACAGAAUAGAGGCGAUAGGAGCUGCAGGGGGAUACGACAACUACAACAGUAACAGCAGCCAUUAUCGAGGAAGAGGUGCAAGGAUGAAAGGAACUUUUAGUUUGUCUCGAGGAGAAACAAUUCAGAUACUCGUAGGACAAGAGGGUGGAAUUAACAAUGUACGAAAUACUGCAGGAGGUGGUGGAGGUACGUUUGUUGUAAGAGGAAGCAGCACACCUUUAAUAAUCGCUGGAGGAGGAGGAGGCAUAGAAGCUUUGCUUUCACGACGUACAGGAUGUGAUGCCUCAACAGGCACGGCAGGUAGAGCUGGGUACAAAUCAUGGUCAGGAGGAAGUGGGGGACACGGAGCAACGACCGCUGACAAUGACAACUCAGGUGAAAAAAAAUACUAUGCGUGCCUGUACAUAACCAGCGAAUUUGUACUCUAGCCGUUACUUAGGUCCCAAGUGAUGUGAAGUGCUUAGUGAUGCCAACAAUUUUUGGUAUUCGUCGAAAUAAUUUAUGGGAUGAAACUUCAAAAACUGGAUAAUUGAAACUUUGAGGGGUUACAGUAGUCGCCAAUUUAUCAGUCAUUUCUCUGAGAAUAAUUUGGCGUCACCCUCUGAAGCUUUCAGGGUACAUGCAUGAAUGCUUCAUUAACACUAUAAAAAUAAUGAAAGGUCUGAACCCAGGAGUCAUUUCAAAAGUAGGUUGAGUUUGAUGGUCCGGGUAAACGUAGUCCUGAAUAGGACUGUUGUUGUUGACAGUGACUGACGUUUCGACAACCUGUGCGGUAGUCACCUUCAGAGUCAAAGUGAGUUGUAUCACGUCAGUUGAUGGUAUUAUACUCUGGUUAUUGAUCUGAUUGAUCAAUUACGUCGCGAUGUUAGUGGUCGUCUGUCAGUUAAACCGUGAUGUCAUUGGCUAUGAAGACUCGAUCGUAAUCAGUAAUUGGUGCGUUUCGAUCCGUCUAUUGUCACAGUUAAACAGUCGUCUAUUGUUAGUCAAAUUGUCAGUUGUCCAGUCGUUCUCUCGUUAUUGGUAGUUAUUUUUGCUUGAAUAAUUCAAAAAUAAUUCAAAAAUAAAUUGCGAGUCAUGGUUGAAUAAACGACAAUGCAAUCCCCGUACCAUAAAUGAUCUAAAAGACGCCCGGGAGGUUUAUUUAACUCCAGGGGUCCAAGGGGGCGUUUAUAGAUAGAAAACUCUUGUUGUUCAAGCCAGUAAAAUUAGUAAAUUGAAUUAUUUUGCUCCUUUUUGCAAAUUCGUUGUAUUUUGGAGUAACUGUCAUGGAGGUUUUUUAUAAGGCAGGGGGGCGUUUGUUAGAGAGGAACGACUAACACAAACUUAACUUCGUAGAGGGGUAUAUAUUAGAUCAGAGGCUUUAUUUAAGAAGGGCAUUAAUAAGAUCAUUUACGGUAAUUAUGACAAAAAACUGAGUGUAUUUGCAAUUCUGAAUUUAAAUGAUCCGACGCAACGCUCUAUUUAAUUGGGCUUAAUAAUUAUCAAGCUAAGUGCAGAACAGGUGGGAGUUUUUGACUCUUUACGGGUGAUUAUUUUCGACUUGUGGAAAGCGUGUCUCAAUCAGUACGUAAUGAAACUUCUAAAUUCUUUUUUGUUAUUUAUUGUUGUUUUAGGUGGUGGCGGUGGUGGGUUUUUCUCCAGUGGAAGAAGCUCAACACAGUUCGGAGGCUCAAUGGGGAAUGGCGGAGAAGGAGGCAAAGGAUUUCUUCAGGGAGGAGUGGGCGGAAGAGCCUGGUAUAACAAUGCUGUAGGCGGGUUUGGAGGGGGCGGUGGCGCUUAUGGAAAUGGAGGAGGUGCUGGAGGUGGAGGAGGCUACUCUGGGGGAAGUAGCGGGGAGAAUAAGUAUGACUCCUGUGGAGGAGGGGGAGGAUCUUACAACGCUGGAAAGAAUCAGCAGAAUGAAUGCUGUUACAAUACAGCUGGACAUGGUCAAGUGACCAUAACUUUGAUGUAGUUUAGACUAUAGUUUGGUAUACCCAAAAUCAGUGUCUCUUCCCUUUUUUUGUCUUUACAUUCCGGGUUCAUUGUUGACCGCCCGUGAAAAAGAUAAGGUUAUAUUACGCUUAAAAGUAUAGAGUUCUAUGCAUUUGGUCUCACAAAAGGGAUGAACCAUAUACAUUGCCAUACUCCCAAGUGCAACAUCGGCUUAUUUAGAGCGGUUUUAAGUUACUAACACUGGAUACAUUUAUAGAAAAAGCGAAUUUUUUUUUUCUAACGGUUUGAACUGGUCCCCACCCCGCUUAUCCCACCUUUUGAGAUAGUCGGGGGCAAGAGCCCUUGUCGGGGAGAAAUUUUUGACCUGGAUUGUUGUUACUCUGCUUUAUAUUCAGACUCGUUAAUCAUAAAUUAAAAAUAACUUCAAUUCAAAAUCGUUCAUUCUUUUUGUAAGUUUGCAUAUGUUCUUUUAUUCAUUUUGUUUUUGAGACGUUAAAAUCACAUGUGUAAAAAUCUAUUAAUAGCGUUAACAAUUGCUUUCUGAUUAUCCAGAAUUUGUUUGCCUUUAGAUCAAUGUUUUUCGGAAUAAUUAAUUAGUAAUUAGUAAUCAUUCCCUGAACUUCUAUUCCUGAUCGAGGGACUCUGUGUAAUAGUAGGCGUGGAGUGCAAUUUCUCUAGUGUUAAACUAUGCUCUGAGCUUAUCAUAUGGCGCUGGUUUUUUAAAAUGAACUGAUAUCGACGUUUUGUAAAUUAUCAAUGACACGUAUUUCUCCUAGGGGGUAUUAUACUGGGAGUCUCCACCCAAAAUAGGUACCUUUUUUCUAGCCUCAAAUUAAUAUAUGAAAGGGUAGGGCCGGAAAUCUGUCAUUAGUUUAUUUUGCGCUACAUAUAAUGAAAAGAAGACUUACUGUUAGUACGUAUUAAUAUGUGAAAGGGUUACUUUUAGCAAUGGAAAGUAUACGAAGGGUACGUAAGGGGAUGGGGUUGCACCUCGGGACGGAGCCUCACCUGUAUAUAUGAUAAACGCUGUUGAGUAGCCCCAUCGGGUCAUAUAUUUUGAAGAAUUGUUUCACUUAAUCGAUUACGCUAUUUCUGAUUUAAAGCGAGGCUUAGUGCGGAGCUAUUGAUAUGAAAAUAACUUUUUUUUUUUAUUCUUUUGCAAAUAAACUUUGUUUCAGAAGAAAGGUUUUGCUGUUUACUUCGUUUCGCAAUUUUGAUAUCAUUUUACUUAAGACUGAAAACUUACUUCAUUUUACUUAAGACUGAUCAGUAAUUUGUGUUAUUUGGAAUUUUCUUAUUCGCUCAUUUCUCAAGAAAAAAUAUUUACCGAUACAAGGUUAGAAAUUUAUUUGCGUUUUAUUCAAACAUACAGAUUUUUUUAAAAUUCUCAUGGAGGUUUCUAUAUGCCAAACACCACACUUUAACUUACUGAUGUUGGAUUUUCAAUGGUUAAGAUUCGUCUUUAACUGAUUUCAAAGAAUUUUGUUAAUCGAUGUCAUGGUAAUACCUUCAACUUAAGACUACAUUUUGACAAACUUCAAUUUAAGUUUAGAUGGUGGUGAAAAAUUUAUGGCGAUUUGACUAGGAUAAAAUAACUUUUACGGCGCUGAACAUAGUCUUCCGGUAGAUUUGCCGGAAUAUCAAUCUCAAAAUGCCAAACAAGUUAAACAUGAGUUGAUCCACCUACCUGCGGCUUACCUGAACUGUUUCAGAGCCCGCAUUUCUUUUUUGAUACUUUCUGAAGUUAUUUGAACAAGGACCCGUUUGCGAGAGUGAAUAUUGAGGAAGGAACUGAAUCAAACUAUUAACAACCGAUAUUUAGUUGCAUAAAGUGAACUGCAAGCUUAUUAAGUAGUAUUUUGGUUCAGGUUUCAAAUAACAUUUUCAAGAAUCGUCAGUCACGAUAAGUUUGAUGAGAGAAGGGAAAUAACCUGCAAAAAAGUUGCGCUAUCACAACCCUCACAAACAGUUAAGUCACCAACUGUGUAAAAGGAGGCGAGUUUCGGCCACAUGCUUAGGAAGAGAGAUCAUUUACGGUGUAUGCUGCCUUAAAAACACCUGAGGCAAUUAAGUGAUAUCCAAAAAUCACUAAGGUAGACUAUAUAUCCAAAUAUUCCGUUACCCUCUGGGAAUAGUUUUCAUGAAUUAAACUAUUUAUGCUUGUAUACCUAGUUUGAGAGUAAACCAUACUGUUUAAUGACGACAGCUAUCAAUUUGGUUUUCUAAAUCGCGGAGCCCAAAAUGUUUACGCUGAUUGAGUACAUCCACCGAAACCCUCCAGUUAAGAACAAACGCGGUUAAAUGUGAACAUGAGGUUUAUGUGACGAAUACUGCCAAAAUAUAUAAGCAUAAUUAUAUUUCUUUGAAAUGGCUAAUUCAUGAAGAAAAGAUGGACAUACGUCGUGUCCAGCUAAAGAACUCGAACUUUUUAAUUUAUUUUGUACUUUUCAGAAAUUGCAAUACUAAAAGAGAUAUUGCAAGUAUUUAACGCUGAAAUUCUUAGUUAGCUAAUUCCGAAAUGUUAUCUUUAAAAUGACAUGAAAGCCUGUAUAUAACUCAACUUGAUUUUCUCUCUCUCUUUUACCCCCACAGAGGGGGUGGCAUCCCCCUUGUAAGUCCGUUGUUAAACUUGGUGCCAGCAAAGAAAUUACUUUUACUAAAACAAACAAAUAUAAUUAUGUCCCCCUAGAGUCAUAACUUUGAGUUACAAACAGCAACGAUAAGCUUAGAAACAACUGCCAGGCUGAACAGUUUUGAAACCUCAUUCAGCACAACUCGCAAUGGGCUUCAAUUCGCCACUUUAGAAACGAGGAGGAACUGGAGCCGAAAUUUCUCCCGCAAGUGCUUCUGGGAUCGUUACUGGGGACGCGCAGGUCAGCUAUUGUGUGUUUUCACCUGACGUCAUGGAGGCCAUAUUUGUGUCCCAAAACAAUGAAACGGCGGCCAUGUUUGUAUCCCAAACCACUCCCGUGGGAGUUGAACUCUUUUCGUAUGCAAAUGCUUUCUUCUGUUCUAAUAAAUUUGCAUAGAUGCUGGCCACGUGAGUGAAAACACAGAAUAGACCUAUUCGGCUAAGACCCUGUUUACAUGGAGUGGGGGACCCCGGUCUAGUGGGGUAAGUUUCUCUUGUUUUGUGUGCCCCAGAGCGUGAAGACAAAAGAAACCAACCCCACUAGACCGGGGUACCCCACUCCAUGUAAACAGGCCCAAUGUUGUACCCAAUUCAAAUCUCCCGGGGUUAAAAUUUUUUGUGUACUGUAUUAUAUGCAUUAUAAUGCGGCAUUCACAUUUAACUGAUAUGGAAAUUGGUGGCCUCUCUUUAUAGGUGGUUUUCAUGCAGUCUCGGGAGACGCAAAUAAAAAUUGGUGAAAUGAACAAAUGCUGGUGGACAAACAAAACGAGCUAAUGAGCGAUCUUUUGUUUACCGUCCAGCAGCAUGGCGGCGAUGACGUAACGUGAAAACCACCUAUAAGCCUGGUGGUUUCUUGAGGUCUCCUCGCCUAACAACCUGCUGUAUCCUGUAAAAUUUGCUGUAAAAAAAAAAGGCUAAUAAAAAUGAUGAUGAUGAUGAUGAUGAUGAAAUUCCUGAAAGAAAACGUUUUAUUCCCAAAGGGUUUGAAUUGGUCACAACAUUGAGUUAGCUGAAUUGGUCUGCCAAUUUCUUCCCCUGUCCCUAGUAACAGCUCCAGAAGUCUUUGCGAAAGUUAACCCAGUCCAGACUCCUUCUCCGGCGUUUCUAAAGUAGUGAAUUGGAGUCCAUUACGAGUUGUAAUGAGGUACAUGUACCUUUCUUUUGCAUGCACAUGCUGUGUUGUUUCAUUGUUUCCUGAAUCUGACUCACAGAGGUUUUUGUGAUGGAAUAAAAUAUUUUACCAUAAGUAAAAUUCUCGCACGAUGAUUAGUCGAGAGCUAUUUUCCAUAAGAGUACAGACCAAUUUACAGACCAUGGAAAUGACGUCAUGGUGGCGCAAUUUGUUUCUUUCUUUCUCGCGCUCGCGAUUCUCCGAGAAACUUCAAUGGAAAUGGACGUCAUGAAAACUUUCAAUGUCACUAUGAACUUUGCAGUGGAACCACUAGCCAACAUAACAUCGCGCUCGCGAUUCUCCGAGAAACUUUUGAUAUUGUUGUACGAGCAAUUGCUUAUUUUUGGGCUGUAUUUGGAGAAUUUUAAAUCAUUCAUUUUAUUAUCAUUAUUAUUAUUUAUUUAUAGUUUUUUAUAUAUAUUUAUAUUUAUUUAUUUAUUUCUAGUCUGAGUGAGAAGAAAAGUCUAGGGCAAUAUUUUUCUUAGUCAAAACAAACAAAUUAUUACAUACUUUAGAAUUGAAGAGGCGAAUCCUGUAAAAAAAUUCAAAUAAUUAUGAUGAUUUGUUCAAAGUUAAAUCCAUUCAAUCGAAUGUUAAUUGUCUUAGUCAAAAUGCAAAGAAAACAAAACAACCUCAUUUCUCUGUGUUAAGAUUGUAAUCUUCUUACACAGUGAUCUUGAUGCUUCUUGAAUGGUUGACACGGCAGCAGUUCAUAUUGGAGUUAUGGAAGCACUUAAGUUUCACAUCUAGCGUAUGUGAUUCUGAACACUGCUUGACUAGAUCUACUCUUUCAUUUAAGGCCUGAUAUCACAAGUAAGACAAGCAUAACCAUGAGGCUAAGCAAAAGAUUGAGCUGUGGUCAUAACCGUAAGCAUUAACGCUAAAAUUAAUAGUUAAAACUUGUGCAUCCUCCUUCUUCACAUAUUAUUUGCUUUUAAUUAGGAAUUGUUUGACAUGAGAACAAGUACAAAUAUGAGUGUUUAAUAAAGAGGGGGUGAUAAAAGAGGCAAACUCCUCUUUUCCAGCCGAGUUUUCUUUAAUCAGUUCUUGAUGGCAUUGCAUUAGAGGUACCCAAAUUCUAUGCUUCAUACUGUUUAUAAAACGAGCAGGAGUGUACUAUCAGGUUUAAAAACUUGAGGUAAAGCUGACAGAUUUUAAACUUGAUAAUACAUGACUGAGAGUUUUUCGAAUGGCUUAAAAUUUCUGAUAGAUCAACUGAUUCUUGCACCAAGAAUGAGGUUAUUUUGGUCUAAAAGAUUGGACGUAAAGUUUAGCCUGUCCUUAUCAAAUAUAAAGACACUCAUUAAAUAUUAAUUUCUUUUGUUUUUUCUUUAUGAAUCAUUAAUGAGUUUUUGAAUGCGAGUUAAAUUCACGGCCUUAAGCUGACGCUUAGAGAAAGUGAGAAUAUCCAUACACAGCCUUAAUGCUAAGUCCCAUACCCCACAUUGAAUUGGGAAAAUAAGUAAUAAUAAAAUAUGAAAGAUAAGGCCAUCCCCUAUUUUUUCGCUUAGUGUCGAAUGUGUUUCCUGAUGUUGGGUCAAUCAGUUGGAAUGAAAAAAAAAAUUAAUAAAAAAACACAAGAAGUCUCAGAAUAGGAGGCCCUGGUACCCCAGGAUGACGUUAAAAGUUUAUUCACAUAUUUGGAUUAACAAAAUGCACAAUGUACUGUAAAAAAUGUUCCUGUUUUUGUUCCUGUUUUUUCUAUGCUGUUACUAUGCUCACUUUUCAGAUUAAGAGAAUUUCAAGUGAAAAAUGGUAGAACCAUGUCGUUCCUUUUUUUUUUAUUUAUUUAUUGAAAUGCCAAGAAUUUGGGUCAAAAUGGAUAAAAAAAGAGUAUGGCCUAAGAUAAAGGGGGAAAUUAAAAUCAGCCACUAAUUUUAAGAUGGCGUGAAUUAAAUAUGACUAGAAAUAGACCUGCUAAGCUUGUCUUAUUCAUAUGCAUAUCUAUGUAUUGCAAGACAAAGGGGUAAAUUCCCCUGGUGUCUUGGGAAAACAAAACACACAAGCUAAAGAGGUCUAUAAGAGACAUAUCAGCCCUCAGUCUCCGGCAUUUAUAAAACAAAAUAGCGAUAAGCACUAAAGGAAAUACACUGAAAAUUAAAUUUAAUGGUAGGGAUUUGAAGUACAGUUACCUCUGAAAUCGUUUUCACUCUAGAAACGUACACAUCAUGCAUGAAUCCACGCUGAACUUUCUACGGCGAGCAUCGAUUUAAGGCACGGUCCUUCUCCUCCAGGAAAACGCUCAGAUCAGCCAGUUUUGUUCGUCUUAAGUCCAGCUCCACAGUCGUCGUGUCAAAUUGCUCGCCAUGAAGUACAUACGGGUAGCGAGUAAGCUGGCAAGAGUUGUAAAGGAAAUUAACCUUGCAAUUUUGACACUAAAAAUUGACAACAAGUUCUUGAAGUCACCAAUUAUUACUGAAAUGUCCGAAUUUGCAUUCUUCAACUUUAACAAUAUCCCCACUCGUUCAAAUCCUGUGAAAAUUCAUCUCAAUUUACGACCAUUUACCGGCUUUUUGCUCUGAUCUUCCAUUUUCGAAAAAACAAUUCUGAUCAGCGGUAUAUGUUUGAAAGUAAAAACGUCGUGUUUUCAUCUCCAUUUGUCGCACUUGCACAAAAGGCCUACCACGUGAUGGCUUGGCGAGCCAAGGGGAGGCUGAGAAACUCGCCGCGAUCAGCGGCAAAACUAAUUAGAGUCACGAACAAACAAUUUGCGGAUGAUUAGAUUCCUAAUCUCCUUCAAAUGACGCUUGUUACUGCGUCACAAACAUAAAUCAAAAAACAAUUUGAGAAGAACAGAGUUAACUGUUCCUUACUGCAUGCACUGUUUUCCAACAUGUUUCAAAAGAGGAAAUUUCAGUGCAUGAUAUACAUUUUUUGUUAUUUCUUUUAGAUGUCGACGAAUAUACAUGUACUGCCUCUUCUCCCCUCUGUGAUGUCAAUGCUCCAUGUUCGAACAUUCGUGGGUCUUAUCUCCAUAGCUGCAGAUUCAAAUUUGAUUAUUCUGGAAACGGAAAACUUGCAAAGGUUUGCGGAGUUUAGAGAGUCGAGAUUCAAGCGUUGUUUCAAGUCAAAAAGGUGUUACUUUGCUUUGCGAAUUCAUGCAGUUUGCUUUGGGAUAAAGUUUUUCUUCUUCGUUCAAAUAGUACCGGUAACUUAAUUCAAAAGGCCAAAAAUCAGCUACAAUAAUGCGAAAGGUCUGUUAGCGUCGAUGCUAUAACACUGAGCAUACUAGCAAUCCCUGUAAAUUUCCCACGCAGAAACAGGUCUAGACGCCAAUUUUGCGUUGUUAAUUUUCAUUGUCGUAAAACAAUUUCGUGUCUCUGCUGUUUAUUUUCAGACAUAAACGAGUGAACUGAUUACUCUCCUAGCUGUCACGUCAAUGCUGUUUGUCAAAAUACUGUGGGCUCACACACGUGUUCAUGUAAAGAUGGAAAACAAUGCCAUGCUAAGAACAGGUUCAAACAAAUACAGCAAAAGAGACUGAACGCCAUUUUUUACCUCUUACACUGAAACUCUUUUUCCAUUAUAGCGUCGGUUCAAAAUUUCCCAGUUUUUCUCCCCGACUGAAGUGUUGCAAGUAAAAACAAGUUUCGAUUCAUAAUAAAUAUUUUCCCAUAGAUAAAGAGGGUGAGGUCUGUCAUCAUUGGUGUUAACUUGUGUUAAUGGCAUGUUUACUGGGCCAAAAAAUAUUUGUUUCUCACCGUCCCUUGUUCUCUGCCAGACAUAAAUGAAUGCACUACUAACUCCCAUAGUUGUGACGUCAAUGAUUGCACAUCACUCAAAUAGGAAGAAAUUAAUAUCUACUUAUACUAAUAACCUGAAACGUCAUUUCCACUUUUAGACGGCGUAAACGAGGGUUCUAUAUACCAAUGUUCACAGCUGUGAUGUCAACCCCUUGUGUACCAAUAGCCAAUGAUCAUACUUCUGUGCAUGUAAAUCAAGAUAAUUCCGGGAAUGGUAGAACUUGUCCUCUUAGUAAGAAAUCAUCUAUGCUUAUCUCAACAUGUGCCUGCUUCCUCUGGAUCUGGGGAUGGGGAAAUCUCUUUUGCUCAUGUGAAAGAGACGGUCAUGCUUGUCGUCUCACUUAGGGGUAAAGACAUGGUAAAUUUUAGCCUCCAUUUGGGUGUUAUGAACGGAAGGCUAAUAUUUUUCCCUAUAAAGAUAUCGAUUGUUAGUAUAAAAUGUCUCUAGUGCUCGCAUUUUAAAAUAGUUAGUCAAUUCAGGAAUUUUCCAAGUCAUAAACACUACAACUUAAGCCCUAACGCCUAACAGCAGAAUACUUGUCAUGAAUAGAGGGAAAUGCAGUUCAAGACGCCCACAGUACACCCACGACUGGAGACCGAGCCUAGAGCUGAGAGUGUGUGGCUACAAAGAACCACCCUCACCUAACUCAUCUACAAAUUAAAAUUCAUAAGAAUGCCUCGCUGACUAUAUAUGUCAAAUUACUGUACGUUGUUGUUGGCUAGUGUAAAAUUCUUUAUAGUGACCACUUUAAUUAAUAAGUGAUUGUGAAAAGGAAAAGCCGUGAAAUGUUUACGGUGGAACCUCGAUAUAACGAACCUCUAUCUAUGAAAUCCUUGGUAUAUACAUUUAAAAAAAAAAACGAUAUUCUUCGCCCGAGAAAUAGUAAAAUAUUUUGAAAAGAACCUCGUGUUUGCGAAUGUCCUUUAGUCAGUCCUGAGUCAGUCCAUCAUCAUUAAAUAGUAAUUGUUCAGUAUUGUUAUUAUUAUCAUUAUUAUUAUUAUUGUUGAUUUGUUUGCAUGUACUCGAAACAGCGUUCUAUCAGAAAAAAUAUGAAACGGCAAACUGAUCCAUAACGGCAAGGCGAUUAAGAAGUAAACGAGAGAAUACAACAAAAAAUAUUAUUUAAACAUUAAUUCUAUUAGUCGAGGACGAGGACACGUUUACGACGACGAGGUUUAAAUUGAAGUUUUAAUCGAAUAUUAUCAAAAAAUCGACACCCUGGCUAGCCUCCCCGCAGACGUCCUUUGGGGUUCGUUUGUCACGCAUUCAUUUCUCCCCACGGACCGUGGGGAGAAAUGAAUGCGUGACAAACGAACCCCAAAGGACGUCUGCGGGGAGGCUACACCCUGGCAUGAAUGUGCUUUUCUUUAUCUUUUUCUUUUUUUUCCUUUUUUUGUUUUUGUUUUUGUUUUUUUUUUCACCAGAAAAAGUAGCACAGUUAAGCGGGUCGGCUGUCGAGCGGAAAAUGAUAAAGCUUCUAACAUUUGAUUAAUUAGGUUCACUGGCGCGAGUAAAAUUUAAAUCGCGUUCUUCAAGUGGCCCUCGUCUUCGAAUCUAAAUGCCUCUAAUGUAAUUAUAAGUGGUGGCAGUAGUAGGUUCUACUCCAGCGGAAGAAGUUCAACUCAGUUUGGAGGUUUAAUGGGAAAUGGCGGUGAAGGACGCAAAGGAUUUCUUUAAGGAGGAGUGGGCGGAAAAGCUUGAAAGAACAAUGCUGACGGAGGUGAGGGUCCACAUGGAGCCGGGAAUUGAUGCUGGCGGAGGGGGAGGAUACUCUGGGGGAGGUUGUGGGGAGAAUGUAAUGAGUCCUGUGGAGGAGGGGAAGGAUCUUACAAUACUGCAAGGAAUCAGCAAAAUGAAUGUUGUUACAAUACAGCUGGACGUGGUCAAGUGGCAACAUUAAUAUGAACAACAUAUUGUACUCUUACUUGAUUUUGACCUAGAGCUGCUUACUAUACCGUUAUCUGCAUUAUGCAUUGAGUUUAAAAACAUACUUUUGAUUUCUUCACAAGGUUCAUUUUAAUUCCAUAUUGAGAUUUAUAAUAACAAGAGAUUAGGUGUACGCUUAAAUAUCGCUGGAAUCAUGACUAAGGUCCUGUUUAUCCGGGUAAAAAUUGUCCUCAUUACGAUCUCUUGCCUGUGUACACUCGCCUACCCGAGCUACCCUGUGUAAGCCAACUUUUCCUUAAAAAAACUUGGCGAACCGUUUACAUGAGAAACAUAAAGUUGGCUCAGCUCAAAGAGUCACCCACCUUAUUGGCCAGUCACCUUUUUUUAUAGUAGGGUCACGCUAGUUCUGAAUUUAUAACUCCUGAACAAUGUUUAAAAUACACUUGACUUGUACUCGUUGAUAUAAUUAUACAAGCAGUGUUUUUGAUUUGGGACCUUUUUGUAGUAUACGAAGACACAAUUUAUUGAUGCGCAACAACAAUAAUAUCUUUCAAUUUUCGUUCGUCAGAAUAAACAAAACCAGGUGUGGCCUAGCGAUACUAGGUUCGUGAUUCAACUGGGAAGAACUGCCGCCCCUUGGUCCUUGCUAAUUAAAACUAGCUAGUAAAGAGUUUUAAUUUAAAACACUUGAAGUUAAGAAAAUAGAGCAAGUCUUUACAUGUUCUUCAAUGCGUGAUCAACGUUACAAAAAAAAAAUGGCAUGGUUGUUAAUAUUUUUUCAUCUGCCAAAGAGUGUCAGUCAGUCUGAAGAGGAGCUGGUGCAAACUAAGUUCUUCGUUCUUCUAUGGUAGACAAUUAACUUUAAUUAUCAACUGUACAUAAAACUGAUAAUUGUAAAGGUUGUAAGGGAAUAGUAUGGCCAUGUUUAACUGAUAAAGAAAAUACAUUGAGCCAAAGAAUUAUCCGUAGGAUUAAAUAUACAGGCACCAACGCGUUAAAUCGCGGAAGUAAUUUUGUGACCUUUCGGCAUCGAGCAGGUUGCAGAACAACAGAUUGUUCUUGCAGAAUGAGCUAAUACGGAUUUCAGCGUGAUAAAAAACAAGGAGUCAUAGCUAUAUUUGCGAACUGAAAAAAAAAAAACGCAGACACACCAUGAUUUCCUUCCUAUUCGUCUACAGUGAAUUGAAUAGCUUGCACUAUGGAGCUGAAAGGUAAACGUUUCAAAUACCUAGAUUCAAAAUUUGGCGUUUCUAAACCGUUUACCUAUUUACGUAUGUAUUUCUAAACGCUGCACUUAGACACAUCACUGACUAUAUAUAGACCGUGAUAUUGUUAGUAUGCACAGUCUCCACUCCAGCUCAUUCUUGCCAACCUUGUGCAGGCCUGCCAAACCCAUUUUAUAAUUCAAUAUAAAGCUAAAAGGACCUGGAAUUAGAACAUCAUGGCGUUUUGAGGAUACCUAGAUCACCCCAUAAAUGAGAACCUUAAGGUCUUGACUCAGCCUCAGCUCAAAAGGUGAGGUUCCCAUCAAAAAAUAACAAUACUGAUAUACAGUUAUUUCGAGAAAGGUUGUCGGAAAAAUGUGCACGCGACAAUCCCGAAAGGUAAUAUGGGAUAUGAUCAAUACACUGUUCCUAACGACUGUAGCUGUCGAACUUACUUUGGUUGCUUUCCUUUAGCAAUCCCAAACAUAACAUCGCAAACAUCCCGUAUCAUUCUUUCCAAUUUUUUUGAGAAACGGUGCACUCCAAAUCACCCACAAUACCUGUCGGGAUUGUCGCGUGCACUUUUUCCGACAAGCUUUCUCGAAAUAGCUGUAUAAAGAAGUACUUUAGACACUGCAUACACAAUUAAUGACGUCUUUCCAAUUACACUUUAGUUAGUGACAUGCAAGCAUUCCCCUAAAAUUAAGUGGUAGAUCAAUCAACGUUAAUAUAAGGGUAUUCUGAACACAAGAACGUCCUCUCGCUUAAAAAAUUAGUCAAAAAUAUUUUGUUUACAUGCGCGUUCGUGAUUCCAAUAUUUCAGUUUCAGUUUAUGCCCUUCAUAAACUGUGGUUUCAUUUUGAGCACUUUAGUUAUUAAGCCAUAUCAAGCUGGUGUCACUUUAAACAAACGUUCACAUGAACGUGAAAGCUUAUUAAAGGCUCUAAGCUUUCCGUUUGGCACAGUAACAGAAAAAAACAAACAAUGAAACGUAACACUUGAGGAAUCUUUGGAGGGAGGGGAUACCGAUGUUAGUAUAAACCACUGGAUUAGGAGAGAAAGGGUGUUUUUGCCUUCAAUUUAGAUAGCAUCUUUGGGGACCUGGUGACAAUCUGAAAUACCUCCUCCCACAGUUUGCUUGGUUCUCCCUCACAUUGUUAAGUCAGUUGCCUGUCUGGACAGGUCGAUGGAUCCAACACGUACAAAAAUGCGUGCUUCACAUCUCAAAUUCACUUUUGUACUGGAAGCAAAAUGGUUGGAGAGCGCAAUAUUCUGCUGCUACUUUUUUGCUGUGUACCUUAUACGGUGCUCUUUCCCAAGAGGAUUGAAGGUAACUUAUUGGACUUUAUUACGGCAUUUCAAAAUAUUCCACUCCGGCACCAGCUCACCGAUCAGCCCAGGAAAGAUGCUAAGACAGUUUUUAAUUAGCUCUCCUAUCCUAGGUCAUGAGUUACUCGAUUUCUUUCAAGGCGAGUUUUGAAAAGGGAACGCGGUAUGAUUCUAACAAACUGAACCGAUCGUUGUUAUUUUAAAGCUUGAACUUUUCAAAGGACAAUGGAAAUUAAUUGAGCCUUUUUUCGAAAGAGAAACCAACAAAUAGCAAGGAGUUUAGGGGGUGGGGCACAUAUACGAAGCCUGGAUCUUAAUAAAGUUUGUCAAUUAUAGUUGCAACUCAUUAAAAACCACAUUUCGUUUAGCUAAAUUUUUAUCUUUUAUCUAGUGACUACUCCUUUUUUCUUUAUAGCAGCUAGUUUUAAGGCCGGUAAAGUCAAUAUUGCUGCAGCGGGUGGAAGCUUGUUCGCUUGCAAGCAGAUCUCCUUCACUCAACCUUUCCCGGGUGGAAAAGAAGUGAAAGUCUUAGCCUCAUUUGGCCACGCAGUUAACAAUUCAGCUCAUUCUAAUGGUGCUGCUAUUUGGGUGGAAUCGGAGGAUGCAAACCAAUUCCGCGCUUGCGUCUAUGACUACAGCGACGGAUCAAACAAAACAGCGGAAUUUAAUUGGGUCGCCAUGCAAUCUGCACCAUCAGGGGCGCAGUUAGGAACAACGCUCUUAGACUCCUGGACUACUGGGACAGAAUGCAAAAGGAUCGACUUUCCCCAGGUUCGCUUUUGUUGUCGUUGUUGUUGUUUUUGUUUGUUUGUUUAAGACUACGAUAAAAUUAUGACGAGAUAAAACCGAAUACAACAAGUAACAUUAUUCGCCGCAGCGACUCCGGACGUAAAAAUUAAAGGAUUAAAACGGUGAGGGAUUUUCUGCGAUCGAGCAGGGGUCGAGGUGGACUGGCUUAACAGCGAAGUGAAGUUUAAAACGAACUCUACCGUAAGCCAGGAAAAUGGGCAGCUCCAGAUAUAUUUACCGAAGUGAAUUAAAUGGUUUCAUUUUAUUGCUUUUACUUCGCGAUUUAUUAACCCCUUAAGCCCUAACAUCAAAAUUCAAAUUCUCAUUUGUUAUCCCUGUACGUUUUCAAUAGAAGUAGUGGGGAGAAUUUGUUGACGUAUCAAUUAGAUUCAUCCUGUGUGAUCAUGACCACUCUGUUUUAUAAAGCAGUGAUAUUACAAGGAGAAAUUUGACGCUGAUCAUUCUUAGGGCUUAAUCUUGCUUGAGAUGUUUCGAUGUACAACAAUGUUAUUGUGCAUGAAUGACGCCAUGUUUAUAUAAUGCGAUUCAGCCACCCCGGCCUUAGCCAUAUUGUGAAAAUUGGGACAGAUGUCAAUCCACAAAAUAUAUUUUGUUUCUAGUUGUUUUCUGACAUAUUUUAAAAGAACAUUUAUGAAUAUGAAGUUGACACGUGACACUGAGACCUUGAAAUCUUUGCCGGAUGUUUGAUGUUUGUAUAACCCUUUCAAUACUAAAUUUAAGGCUGUUGAUAUACUGUCUUUUAUCAAUUAUACAAACUUCAGGAUUAUUAAAUGUUGAUCGACAUUCCCGUUUUUUAUCAUAUUUUCAGUCUUAAAGAGAUAAAUGCAUAAAAAGUAAAACGUUUCUUAACAAUUUUUUUUAAAUCUAAGGAACAUUGUCUUUUACUGAAUACCCCUUGGCAAAUUUCGCUAAAAAUUAAUCUGGCAAUCCCUCCAUUUUUAAACCAUUUUAAGGUAAACAUAAAUAAUAUUUUCAGAAAACAAAAUGUAAUUUCAUCUUCACAGUACUGGCAUUUCUAGUAUUUUAUUUUGUUUUGGAAUAGUGUCUACUUUGACACUUUUCUAACAUCGAAGAUGGUCAACUGAAGACGGCCAAAAGUUCAUGGAAGUAUUAUUUUAAACUUUUUCCGGUCACGUGAACUAUAAGUGUACAUUUUCCCGUAUUAUUUACACCAAGUGACUUGAGAGGCUUCAAUUAAAUUUCCACUUAAAUUUCAUCGGUACUUAUCCAUAAAAACAUAUUCCAAUGACCUAUCCCUUUGAUUUAAUUUACAAGCAAUCACUCAUUCUAUUUAUAGUCAUUACUACUGGUCAUUCAUUCAUUUCUAUUUAUACGUAUAAUCUACUUAUUGUCAAUUAAACAUAGUAAGUGUAUCCUGUUGUCUUGCCAGGAGCGAAGAGUUCAUAUCCGCACAUACGCUCGUGCGUACAGCUGAAAUCUGUUUUAGUACCAGAAAGCACUUUAUCCGAUAAAACCGGGAUGACAGAUAUAUUUUUUUCGCAUUAUAUUGGAGUCCCUUUCUUAGUAUUUCCUUCAUCCUUAUUGUUCUAUCAACGGCUCACUGCAAGAAACGCUAUAGUUGGGUGAGAGAUGAGUGACGGAGCUCUCUUGCAAUUCUGCACAGUCAUAAUAAGCACAAGGACGUUAAUUACUAUUGAUAGCGUUGCAACAGAGUUUGCCCUUCUGAAGGGUAGACGUAUCGCCCUCUGCUUGAAACCUCUUUGAUUACGUCACUGUUUUACCUUUCCCGUUAACAUUGUACCUUAUUUUACCGAUAACUAGAGAGGCGUAAAAAAAAACGACGAACUACUACAUUUUUCCUCCGUAUUUAUUUGCUGAAACGUACGAAAUGGCGUUCCUGGGACCCUAAAUCAAAAAGUUUUCUGCGGGAGCAUGCCCCCAGGCUCUCCUAGUUUGGAGCGCCUUCGGUAAAUUAACUUUCCUUCCCGGGUGCGUAUACCUUCAAAAUCUCACACCAUUCCAACUACCUCGUCUGCUCGCUAGUAUUCUUAAUUACUCGUUCGUUCUGUUUUUUUCUAGCGUUUCCAGUCCCUUCCAACUAUACUUGUGACUCCUAGUCAUCAGGUUCCAGAGCGACCUCAGGAUGCCAUGGCCGUGUGGGUGGAGGACUUGACCCAAAGCAGUUUUAAAAUUUGCCUCCGAGAAAUAAAGAUUUUCAACGGUUUUCAUCAGAAUAUUAAAGUUGUUAGUAAAUUUGACGUGCUUGUCUAUUAUUAAAUUUCAAGUUCUUCACUUUAAAGCAAAUACCGUAAAUCCUCUAUUAAGCCCCCCCUGGGGUGCUUAUUUAUUUCAAACCCAUUUGAGGGGGGGAUUAUUUGAGAAGGGAGCUUAUUUAAUUUCUCCAUAAAGAACUAGAAUGCAAAGGGGAAAAGGUGAAGUAGAAAAAGUUUUAGGUCAUACAGCUGAGGAUCAGAAUCAAAUCCGACCUUCCAGUUAGUAAGUCAUCCCGGAUCAGUCUUCAUCAAUUUAUACAGUAGUGGUUGAUUAAUUCAGUCUAUCAUUUAUUAAUGAAGAAAAUUUGGGAGGGGAGGGGAAGGGAGGGAAGGGGCGUGGCUUAAUAGAGAGGGAGGGCUUAUUAACUUUCUUUCGCUGAGAAUGGGGGCUUAUUAGAGGAAGGGGGCUUAUUUGAGGGGGGGGGGGGGCUUAAUAGAGGAUUUAGAGUAAAAACCAAUAAAAUUUCUCUUUCACACGUUAAAAUGGUAUCUUUGUAUUAGCCUGUUCUAGGCGUUUAGAUGGUGGCGGACAGCGAGUUCAAUCGUACGCCCGCGCCCUACAAUCUGAACGCCUGGGACACUCAGGCUAUAUUUCUAUAAAUGGAGAUGUAUAUAGCGAGAUGUAAGAGUUGGUCACCAACUAAUAAUUAAAUUGUUUAUUUUUGACUACUGGUAUAGACAGGAGAAGUCUAACCACUGACCCACUUUUCUGUCCGGCGGAUCUAGAGUGCCUUUAUAGUCUGUUUACUUGUAGGUCAAUAUUAUCAGAAGCUCACACAGCCUGGGGACACUUAUUUGGCAAAUUCACUAGUGAAAAUGAUAACCCGAAGUCCUUUUUCUUAUGUUCUUUUAAGCAGAACUGGAUGGCAUUUACCACUUUGAGGGUUCAAAAUUUUUCUUUGGCUGAUAGUUUGACAUUUACCAACAACAGAUCGUUAUUUCGAUCGCAAGAUAACUUCGCCCUUUGUCAGGUAUACGAAAGAAGUUAAAAGGUAACAUUUUUAAAUUGCACUGUUUUGCAAUGUGCAUUUGUAUUGCAUUCGUUCUCUUAUAAUCGAAUGUGUCUGAGCAUAGCUUGAUAUUAUUAUUUGUUUGUUUGUUUGUGUGUUUGCUUGUUCGUUUGUUUGCAACAUAGCUGCCCAAAUACUUCUUUUAAAUAAUUCAUUGCUUUUCUUUACCAGAACAUCACCUUCGCAGAUCCGUUGUUUGCCCCUCCGGUGGUGUUAGUAACACCAAAAUACAUUUACAGUGGCAACAAUUUGCUUUCUGGUUGUAACGCAGUCACCACCUGGGUUGAGGUAAGAUUGUUGUUCCUUUACUGUAUCAUUGUUAACCGCAAAAAAUGCACCGCCUGUUAAUAAAAAAGCCUGUUCAUGUUACAUGUUCAAGAAUUUUCCAGUAAGGUAUGAGAUCUCGGUGGCCCAUGUUAUAUAUAUUAGAAUAUACGAGAUUUAUAGGAAGCAACUUUGACGAUACUGGACUGCAUGAUUAUUAUAAGAAAAAAAAUAAUAGAAUAUUUUAUUUCAUUUAAAGAAUUCAACCAAAACAGAUACAAAGAUCUGUGUACGAAACUACGGCAGGAGCAGUAACAGUAGCAUUAAAGUCGACUUCCUGGUUAUUGGAGGUAUGUAAAAAUACUUACUUAAUACAAAGAAAUGAGAAUAAAAAGUGUUGUUUGUUGUUUAAGAUAAACAGGCGGAUCCGUUUUAAAUUCAAGUCUUUAUUACAUGCACACCGUGCUUUAAAGCCUGCGAGGCCUCCGCAAGAAAGGAAAUUCGCCUCAAGCGCGCCCUCGUGCGGCACACCCGUACCAAGAAUUUCCCUACGAAAGACCCCCCGAGAAUUAGAACUUAUGUGUUAUCGAAGAGCCGUCUGGUGGAAACACGUGACCAACUAUUGAAAGAGGCCUAUUCUGUUGGUCCUGGUUAUAUCUGGCUUGUUGUGUUAUGUUUGUAAGAUUUAGUUAGCGUUAAUUGAAUGACGCACAGGAUAAAUUUUCCAAAAAAACUGUGCGUCAGAAAAAGGUAUAGGCCGAGAUAAAUUUGUACAAUUAAGCAUUUAUGUAAACUGUAUCUUUCACUUUGUUGUUGUUGUUUCAUCGAGCUUAGACUUAUGCGAAACGUGAUUUUUGUACACUCCUACCAGAUCUGGAUCCUUGUCUGGACGUAACUUGUGAUUACCACUGUCUUUGUAAGGCUUUUGGACCAUACGAUGCCCGCUGCGUGCACGCAGAAAACUGCCCAUCCUACCAAGAGCCCAUAUGUUCCUCCAACGGAACUACGUUUGAUAAUAGGUGUCUCUUUGAACAGGAAAUGUGUCUGUUGCGACUCAACUACUCUGUCCAACAUCCCGGAGGUUGUGAAGGUUAGCAACUCAGUAUGCUGCUCAUUUAUUAGUUUCUAAAGACUUUAUCUGAAACAUCAGAUUUAGACUGUUAACUGUAAGCAUUUUAGGAAAAAAAUUCACACCAACUCCUACAAUAAUCAUUUACGCAUUCAAUGAAAGCUAUGUUUUUGUUGCUGCUUUCAUUUUGCUGUAUGCAUUUACCAUAAUUUAAUGAUUUUUGUUUUGUUUUGUUCUUUUUGUUUUUUUGUUUCCGUUUCUUUUUGUCAGGGUUCCCAUUCCAGCGAGGUCGAAUUCACAUGCCCCACAUACCAUCUUUGGGGUACUCUCAUUGCGAAGCUGUUCGUUUCCGACCAUUUGUAUUCUAUCCUGACAAACCUAUCCAAGUACAGAUAACUGUCAAUCACAUCGAUACCAGUGACAUGACAUAUGUCCACGAUGCUGCUGUGUCGUGGAUUGAAGAUGUAAGUUACGAGCAAUUCACUGGGUGCGUGAUGGCGGCAGGGUAUAACGAGCGCAAGUCCAGUGCUAAUGUGUCCAUAGACUGGAUAGCGUAUCAGGGAGCUCCAGUGGGUGGGGUCACUGGAGAGGUGCGCAUGUCACAGUGGUGGACUGGAACGACUUGUAAGACCGUGAGUUUCCCUUCGGUAAGUCAGUAGAUCUUUUCAAAACGCAUACCUACUGCUUAACUGCUUCUGACUACGACGACGACGACGACGACGACGACUAACAGUAUCACUCGCUAUCAAUACCCCUACCGGGCUUCCAUCAGAGGUCUACUAUGAAAAUAUAAAGCCAAUACGUGGCUUUUUUAUAAUAAAUUUUCUGGAUAGUUCAUUGAAAAAUUGUUUAAAAGACCUCUUUGGCUCGCAUAUUUUGUUUUCCCAUUUCAGACUACGAGAGGUUAGCUCAUCAGAACUAUUUUUCUUUUUUUCAAAUGUCGUCCUUUUCACUAGUGCAUAUGUGUGCAUAACGUUGUGAUCUUUAUUGUGAAAACAAGAAUGCAAGCUGUAAAGGUCUAUUUCCCUCACAUCAAAGGUCAAUGUUUUACUAGUUUUAUAAGUAACGUCAAAUAAACUAUCGGAUUAUGAGACAAAUGGACUAGAUUAUUUAGUGCUGGGAUUUGUAAUGCAAGCUACACUUCAACCCAGAGAAGUUACCAGACAUUAGAAGAAAGGGCUCAAGGUCUGUUAUAUGAGACCGUGUAUGAAAUGACACGGACCAUUUUGUCAAGAAAAGUGUCAGUUAGACGCCAUCAAAGCGUAUUUUUGUUUUACCCCAUUGCCUGUUAUUCCGAUACCAUCCUCGGAGACCCAGGGGCAGUCAGUCGGGUCGGGAGAAAAGGCGGGACGAAAGUUUUCAUUACGGGCGAAAGAGCCCCUGGGUACUGACUCUCAACGGACCAUUUCCAAAAAUUCAAGCGGAUACCGGCUCCUGAUUGGGCAAAAAAAAUGCUUUGUAUUAUUGUGCCCAAUCGGCGAACACAUCUCAAUGAGUUCUUUUCGUGUGUUCUUACAUGACGGCUAUUGUCUCGAUCACGGCUUGUCUGUUGUAGCUUAUGCACCAAAGAAAUGCACGCAGUCUGGAAACUUUCAGUUUGAUAUAAAAUCCCCAUCUGAUCCAACUCGCUUACUUUGACAAAUGCAAGCGAACUCUUCUGAACCAUAUCAAAGUUCAUGAAGAGAGAAUGAAUUUUGUUAUUGCCUGUUUACGUCCUUCACAAAACGUGAAAUUUGGCAUUUUCACGAGUAGUCGUGCAGUUGACGGCAAAGAAAUGUACAAAAAAGCGUGACACACGUGCAAAGUUGUUGGUUAGCCUUGUCAAGCUGUUACUCAUUUGAAUUUCUCAUCGCCGCUGCAUCUUAAUUGUGAUCCGUCAAAAACAGAAUAUUCUCGGGGCAAAUUCAAUUGCUCUUGCUGAUAGUAACCCAAACGUUUAUUCAACUCAUCGGUAGUUCCUUUGUUUCUGGUUAGGAAAGUAGAAAAUAAAAGUUUCCCUUGUACGCACAAGCUUGGUGAACGAACCGGGCAAGUGUGGCGAGACAAUAGCCGUCGUGUACGAACUCACGAAAAGAACUCAGGAGAAAUUGUUCGCCGAUUGGGCACAAUAAUACAAAGCAUUUUUUGUGCCCAAUCAGGAGCCGGCAUCCGCUUGAAUUUUUGGAAAUAGUUCGGUGAGAGUCGGUACCCAGGGGAUCUUCCGCCCUUACUUGAAAACUUUCGUCCCGCCUUUUUUUCCCGACCCGACUGACUGCUCCUGGGUCUCCGAGGAUGUUCCUAUACUUAAUUUUAUACCAUUUUCCAAUCAGGGCAAGUUUUCAAAGGAUCCUUCAGUGUUUGUUACCGCAGAACAUCACCGUGCCGGACUGAAGAGAGACGCCGCCAGUAUUUGGUUAGAGGACAUCACACAAUCUUCCGUCAAAAUAUGUUUACGGGAACUGCAAAAUUACGCUGGCUCCCACGAGGACAUUUAUGUUGUAAGCAUUUAUGAUAAUUUCAUCACAACUUAUAAAUAUAAUUACUGAUUCAGUUUGAGCUCGAGAUAGAUUGAGAAUUAGCUCUGAGGUUAGGACCUGGACAGCCAAGAUCCCUUUCGACCACUUUAUAGUCACCGUAAAAGUGUUUUUUUUAAAUGCGUGAAACUGUAACUAAACGAUUUAUUUGAAGGCGCGUUUUCUCAAAUGGUAACUAAAUGGUAACUAAUUGGAAGAAUUCAUGUACAUAAAUGAAUAAAAAAGAUUAGGCUUGUAUUAAAGUCUUCCUUUCAUUUCUACCCUGCUUGAGUGAAAUAAUGUUUUUAACAUCAAAAAGUUCGCGCGUAAUUGGGGGUAUCAACCUUUAACCUCUGACGUCACAGUUUGUUGCUGUUAACAACUGAUAAGUCAGGGGCUUUUAGUAACAGUUUCCAAAUGAAUAUAAGGACUAGUUCGACGAUGACCUCCAAACAAGGAAAGUCACGUGACACUUCGUCCCACUUCCACUAAUUGAAAAUGCUCGCCUAAUUUGGUCAAAGUUUGCAGCUUCAGCUUCAAAUUAUUUGUUACCGUGUACAUGUCCGUACGCGUCUUAGUGAAACGUUCAUCUUACAGCGCGUAUGCCUGAAGAGAGGCAGGGACCAACUCUAUUUGUCCCUUUAAAGAGAUGCCCGUCUUAUAUAGAGAGUCAAAUACUAUGAUUGGAGAACAACAGGGACCAACUCUAGGUGCCCGUUUUGGGGAGGUGUCCGUCUUGUAGAGAGUCAAAUGAUAUGACUGAAGAACGGCAGGGACCAACUCUAGGUUUCUGUUUUAGGGAGGUGUCCUUCUUACAGAGUACAGAGUCAAAUACUGCUGAGGAACGGCAGGGACCAAUUCUUGGUUACCGAUUUAGGGAGGUGUCGGUCUUAAGUCAAAUACUGGAACUGAAGAAUGGCAGGGACCAAAUGCAACUCUAGGUUUCUGUUUUAGGGAGAUGUCCGUCUUACAGAGUCAAAUACUGUAUCUGAAGAACGGCAGGGACCAACUCUAGGUGCCCUUUUUAGGGAAAUGUUCGUCUUAUAGAGAGUCAAAUAAAUUAUAACGACAGAGGAAAGGCAGGGGUCAGCUCAAGGCGUGUCCGUUUUAGGGAGGUGUCCUUCUUAUACAAAUUUGAAUAGUAUGACUGAAGAACGGUAGGAGCCAACUCUAUAGGUCUCCGUUUAGCGAGGUGUCGCUGUCUUUUAAGGGUGUCCUUUAAAGAGGGAGUUGACUGUAUUAUUUUGAAAUUUAUUUUGUUUUAGAACUGGCUGGCGUUUUCUUCACUUCACAAGCCUCUUUUUGCAGAACACGAUUCUGUUUAUUUUGCAAACUCUGGGAUUCCUCCAGCUGAUCAUAACAAUGCUUUCUGCGAGGUCAGUUAUCACUGUCUCAUGUCUAUCAUUCCGUAACUGAUUUACCUGUCUGGCGACUGAUAAACAUGAAAGUAUCUUUUUUUUAACUUGCUUUUUUUAAUUAUUUUUUAGGAUAUUCACUUUAUCAGGGUGUACAAUAUUACCCCGACUAUCUUCGUGUCAGCGAACCAUACAUCUACUGGUGGAAAUCAGGACCCCAUGCACAAUUCCAUUACCACUUGGGUUGAGGUAAAUUGACAGGAACAACUAAGCCAACAUUAAAGAAAUGAAUUUACAAAGGACACAAGCUGAGGCAAAAAGAUACAAGAAAUUACAUGUAACAUGCAUGACUUGCCGACAUAGGAAAAGGAAGCUUACUAUUCAGUUUUAUACUCAGGCUUUUUAGGCCCACGAUAAACAUUUAAACGUCACAAAAUAUCUCUGGCUGCUUACUUGACCAAACUACGCCGUAUAGUACGAUCGACUGCCAAGAAUUGCUAUGUCCCCAAAUGGCCGCCAUUUUGGAUUUGUCAUCUUAUGUUUGCAAAAUUGAUAUGGGAAUAUUUUUGCAAACGGAUCAUUAAAACUUAACCCUAAAAUUCUCAAUUUGCAUCCGUGCUCAUAAACUCGGUUGCCACAGCAGCACAUACAAUGGGAUGUAAACAAAACAUGGCGCUAAAAAUGGCUGUGAAGGUAACAGAAUUUGGUGGUUGUAGCUGUUGAAAGUCUGAGCACGUUCGGUCGCCUUCUACUCUCCCCUUUCGGUCUGGACAGAGUUGAAAAUGUUUUACUAUAUAUUCUUACUUGUUGCUGUUGCUUAUGGUUGUUUGUAGUAUAAUUUGUUAUUUUUUAUAUAAAAAAAGCCUUAUCAAAGUAUCGCAGAAGGCACACACAACUCUUCCAAAUUACCUGGAUCAAUAGAGCGAACGUUUUUGUCGUCAAUCGACCGUGGCGACCGUUGUAAGAGGCCAAAAUCACAUGCAGCUUAAUUAUGUAUUUUUUUUUUCAGUACAUUAACACAACAGGCGCCCGAGUUUGUUUAAAAGAACUGUACGAAUCCAAGUAUGACCCGCUUUCCGUAUCAUACACUGUAUUGUCAGGUAAGAAGUGGUGGGUUUCAGAAGGGAGUGUUCAUGAAUCACUAGCGGGGAGAUCUACUAAAAAGUGUAAGUCAAGGGUCAAAAGACAUUGACCCUCCCUUAAAUUUGGGUUUACAAACUCUAACCCCGCCCAAAACGUAGGUCAAAACAUCAUGAACCUCCCUUGAGAAAGCUUCUUUUUCAAUCAGUUAUUUCACUCUAUCUAUUAUUGAAAUCAAUUUGGACACACUGUCGAUAGCGAUCACCUAUUUCUGACUUCGCGAUCACCUAUUUCUAAGUUCGUACUUGCAGCGUAAGUAGUGUUCUAAAAUUAAGAAAGUGCACAUCUGAGUAAACAAAUUUGUUAAAAACUGUUAAAAAAUAGGAUGUUCGUGCAUUAACAAAAGCUGCCAAUAAUGCAUCGGCGAAUCGUCCAAGCUUUGGCUUCUUUAAUUUACUAUCUUGAGAUUGGCAAAGUAGAAGAAAAUUUGAAAGUUCUUCCUUUCUUUCAAUUUGGAAAUUUUCCAGAUAGUCUCCGUCCCUAUUAUGAAACCACAUUGCCAUGCAUAAUAAGCUUACAGACAAAAUAGACAUACUUGUUUGUAGGUUAAGGUGCCAAAACGUGAGGCGGCUAUCCCAUUUCAUCGCCUCACUCAAGACAUAUGUACACAUUAUUUUUCCCACAACCACAAUGGUUAAUAAGGAACAACAUAUUUUGGUACUCCACGGAUUGCACAAAGAGUUGUUUUAGGGCUUAUGAACUGAAUAUGGGUUAGCAUGUAUGAGAAAUGUAAGUACCUACGAUCGGAACUGGUUCCCAAAAAGGAUUCAGUUUAUUCUGUGUCCUCAAAAUUCUAGAUAUUUGCCAAACAGGAUGGAGUUACUUUGGCGGUUAUUGCUACUUCACAAGUGCCGCAUGCUCUUCUUGGAUGACCGCAGAAGCAAAUUGCUCAACCAUGAGUUCAAAUCUGGUGACAGUGCACAACCAAGAGGAAAAUGUUUAUAUUCAACACCGUCACAAUGGAGACAGAUCCUGGAUUGGACUCAAUGACCGAAGCGUGGAGGGCUCCUUUGUGUGGACAAACAAAGAGAUAAGUAGUUUUAGGUUCUGGGCUCCAAGACAACCCAACAACUGGAAAAACGGAGACUGCGUUCACACCCUUGGCGCCAGGCAUGGUUACACUUGGAAUGAUGUGCCUUGUGAUAAAUGCUACAACUACACUUGUUUUACAGGUUAGUAAAGUAUUGUUUGACAUCAAAAAGGAAACUAUCCUGCAUGAAAAAAAAAAAUUCUCUGCUUAACUGUUUUAAGAGCACCACGUAGAGCUUUCGGUUUCCAGUCUGAAUGCCUUGAAAGCUAAAAGACGAGUAUUAGUUUUGCGAAACUACAGGCUGGAAGGCGAAAGCUUAAUGUUCUACUCCAAACUGAAUAGUCAAUUUUGCAGAAAACCUUUUUAUGCAGGAUAAUUUCUUAUAGGAGAUAAACUUGAAAAAUGUUAAUGUGUUGACUCCGCCAUUUUCAAAAGAGCCAAAGCUUGCAUGCGCAAGAGUAAAACAAAUUUGUAAAAACGCGUUGAAAAGUUUUUCUUAACAGCAUGCAUGUGGGUUUGAUUUGUUGAAGCUUUGCUCGCGUCACUGCGCUUAGAUGAGUGUACAAUUAACUUCCAUACUUGUGACGUCAAUGCUGCUUGUCAAAAUACCGCGGGCUCAUACACCCGUUUAUGUAAAGCCGGAUUUACGGGAGAUGAAAAAACAUAUUCUGGUAAGAAUAUAAUGAAAAAAAUGCCAGUUCAAAGUAUCUUGGCACUUAAAAUAAGUUUUCAAAGUUGUGUUAUUAUGUUAAAUCUUCACCAAACAUAUACAUUUUUAUUAGACAGCAGUUACACCUGAAUGGUGCACAAACAUAAAAUCAUAUUUCAUAUGAGUAUUUUUAAGUAAGAUGUAGAAGAGUGUUCUGACAACGCUUAAUGCUGGGAUUUCAAAGAUGUGUGUCAAAUACCCCAGCUUUAUAUUGUAUUCUCGCGCAAAUUUAAUGUUUCUAUGCAUACAUGACUUAAAAAUAUACAGCUAUUUCGAAAGGGUGGUUUUGAAUUAAUUCACUGUUCUUCAAAGAAGUUUGAAAGAAUGACACAGGGGAACAUGGACGUACGUUUGAGAGUGCUAAAGGAAAGAAACAAAAGUAGGGUCGACAGCUACAGUCUCAGGAACAGUGUAUUGAUCAUAUCCUAUACUACCUUUCGGGAUUGCUAUUCGCGUGCACAUUUUUUCCGACAACCUUUCUCGAAAUAGCUGCAUGUACAAUCAGAACAAAUACUGCUUUCCUCCAUCCAAGGCCAACUGAAACUAUUCCUUGAUAAAAACUUGAUAAAAUUGCACUAUUAUCCAAGUAGGGACGCAUAAAAGUGGGAAAUACUUUUCUUUAAGAUAAGACUGGUAAUGAUAUUUUACCCAAUAUAAAAGUUUUAAACUGAAAAUGCCCUGUUGCCCAUUCGUGGAAACAAAAAGCAAUUGGAGACAUUUCCAGAAGCUUUGGUUACGUUACAGGAAGGUUGUCGGUUUUUUAUUAUUAUAUUUUCUCUUGCCCUCAUUAUCUUUAUUUGUUUGUUGUUGUUCCGAUCGAGUGAAAGUUUUUAAAAUUUGGAAGACAAGAAAAGGUCUUUUAAAGAAUUUCUUAACAAGCCUUUGCUUGGUUCUAGACUUAGAUGAGUGUACUACCAACUCUCAUAUUUGUGACGUCAACGCUGUUUGUCAAAAUACUGCGGGCUCACACACCUGUUCGUGUAAGGCGGGAUAUACAUGCAAUGGAAAAACAUGUUAUGAUAAGUUAGGAAAUGAAAGAGAAAAUGCCAGUUAUGGGAAGGUUUGUCGGUUUUCUCUUCAGUUAAGUUAUUUUAAAAUCAUAUUGUCGCUUAUCCUUCCAUCAAAAAAGACCUGCACAUGAAAUUUAUAUGGUACAUUUUGAGAACCGGUUUUAUUAUAUUUUCUCUUGCCCUCAUUAUCUUUAUUUGUUUGUUGUUGUUCCGAUCGAGUGAAAGUUUUUAAAAUUAAGUUGCUCCGGUUUUUCAUAAAUCACAUGGAAGACAAGAAAGGGUCUUUUGAAGAAUUUCUUAACAAGAUUUUGCUUGGUUCUAGACUUAGAUGAGUGUACUACCAACUCUCAUACUUGUGACGUUAACGCUGUUUGUCAAAAUACUGUGGGCUCACACACCUGUUCGUGUAAGGCGGGAUAUACAGGGGAUGGAAAAACAUGUUAUGGUAAGUUAGAAAAUGAAAGAGAAAGUACCAGUUAAAAGUGUUUACUUAACCAAGUAGUUUUUGGCUAAAAGCUUCUAUAAAACAUAUCAGACGGAACUUAUAGAUAAAUGAAAACCUAACGUGAAAUAUUAUCGUACGUUUUUAGAUGUGGACGAGUGUUCUAGCAAUGCUCACAGCUGUGAUGUCAACGCAGUGUGUACAAAUACCCAAGGAUCGUACUCCUGUGCAUGCAAACCUAAAUAUGCAGGAAAUGAUACAACAUGUGUACUUGGUAAGGACGUACUCUAUACUUUAUACAUAGGCUGCCUGAUUCACCAAAGUUCCAACAAAUGCAAAGAUGAGUUUAUAUAACAAUUCAACGACUAGUACUUACUGAAAUAACACCAUCAUCUUGACAAUAUUGAGUUUUCGAGUUUUCCUACUAAUGCGUGAAUUCUUCGCUUGAAGAACUCAUAAAGAUUACAGUAAUAUUUAUUCUGAGACAAGGAAUGUUUAGAUUGCAAAAUCUCCCAAAAUGAGUAAUGUUUUUAACCCACAUAAGAGCAUUCCCGGCCGCCAGCUAAAUGCCGCGUCACGCAAAAGCCUGGAAAUUCAAGCGUCCUCUCUCGCAAAAUGAAGAACCCUCGUGAAAGUAGAAACUCAGAAGAAUCGAUAGUUUCUUAGUUUGAUUUUUGGUGACGUCACGUGCUACCCAAGAAUUAUGAACAUGGGAACUGUAAUUGAUGCAGAAAAUAUACCCCAAGGAGAUGGAUAAUAAAUGAUAAUUUCAUCCGGGGUCCAUGGGUGGGAGAGCGUACAGCAGUAUUUCACAUGAAAGAGCUUAGGUGUGAGUAAUACUUUCCGCUGAGAUAAGUUUGGGCAGGAUGAUACUUUGUUCAGUUGUCAUACUUAAGAAGUUACACACUCAUUCCAAAGACUUCGAUACGUUUGCAUGAAGAUACAGUCAAACAACCGCUCGGCACUGAAAAGUCACAAGACAAUAAAAUUAUGUCAUAAUAGUACUGAACAAAUAUACUGUCUUAAGUUUACUUUGCUUUAAACUCAGUCCUAUGUAUUCUAUGUUGAGCCUUUCGCUUUACAAAAUGAGCUCUGCCCAGUUGUUCAAAAGGUGGAUAACGCUAUCCACUGGAUAAUGAUCUCUAUCCGGUGGAUAGUGCAAUUGUUUUCCCUAAUGCUUAUCCGGCGCUGGAUAGUGAUUUAUCCGGUGAAUAGCGUGAAAAUUCUUUGCAUUACUCACCAGAAAAAAAAAAAAAAAAAACCCGUACUUACACUACAAGGCUUUUUAUUCUUUACUAUUAUUUUUUAACACACGAUACAAUUAAUGUUGUUCAUCAAAUACGUAUUAGUGAUUAUUGAUUAUUUUAAAAAUGAUCAGUGAAUCUUUAUAUUUUCAGUAACGUUCAAAGCAGUUUUUACAAACCUCGGUGCGAGUGGAAGACUGGGUCCAACUUCUCUAGGUAGUUACUACAGUGGUCAGGAUCAUGACGGUCAAGUUACAUUGGUCAGCGGUAUUCAACAAUGGACUGUGCCUGAAACAGGUGACUACAGAAUAGAGGCAAUAGGAGCUGCAGGGGGAUAUGGUUUAAGAAGCAACAAUGGCCAGUAUCGCGGCAGAGGUGCCAGAAUUAAAGGAACUUUUCGCUUAUCCAAAGGAGAAACAAUUAAAAUACUUGUAGGUCAAGAGGGAAGUAUAAACCUUAUAGCUUAUAGUUCUGGUGGUGGAGGAGGUACGUUUGUGGUGAGAGGGAGCAACACACCUUUGAUAAUAGCUGGAGGAGGAGGAGGCAUGGAAACUGUUAAAUCAAGACAUUCAGGAUGCGAUGCUUCUACAGGGACAACAGGGAAUCCUGGGUACAAGUCAUGGUCAGGAGGAAGUGGUGGACAAGGAGCAACGACCGCUGACAAUGACAACUCAGGUGAGCCGAGUGUGUCAAGAUGAGUAUAGUAGGGCCACCACGACAGCAGUCUUUGCUAAAUCUACAUGUAAAAUCUGACUACAUCCGCCUUCUUCAAUAUGGAGGCUAAACCCAUCGACGGAGGUCAAAGUCCCCAACUUUUUGUAUCAACUUUAUCUAGAGUCAUAAGAGAGACGUUAUAUAGGUCACUCACGAAUUAAAAACAAACCAAGAAAAACUCUAGCUCCCCUUAGGAUUCGAACCAAUGACAUCAAAGACAACAGUCCGCGUUUAAAAGCAAAUUUCCUCAUUGCAAAGUUUUGACUUUUUCUUGUCUCUUUUUCGGUUUGAUCAACGGAUACCAUCAAAUCCAUCGUAUGCUGACCAAUUUUUCAUAUCAAUUAAAACGUUCAAAAUGAAGGAACUUCAGUCAUCAGCCUUCAUAGCUGCCCUAGACUUUUUCCCCAUGUUUCCUUAAGAUUCCUCGGAAGAAGUUAACAAUCUUCGCGUGCUAAUAAACUACUUGGAUACUUAAAGAGGAACACGAGGUUCAUACUUAGGACAGAAGUAAGGGAAACGCUAUACCAAGCCCUAGUUAGGCCACACUGAUUAGGGAAAUGCCAGGCAAAUUUGGGCCCCGCGGUCCAUCGAGCUCAUUGUCAAGCUUGAGCGUAUCCAAAAGACGCGCGACUAAGUUUAUCUUAAAACUGCCUUAUUCUUCUAAUGUAAGUUAUAUGGCUCGUUUACAAACUCUAAACCUAGUACCUAUUUGUUACUGGCAUGAACUUUUAGAUCUAACCCUUUUCUUCUAAUUGACACACGGUCUCGUUAACUUGAACUCCUCUGUCCUACCCGCUGAAGUUCGCAAAUACGGUAGACGCACUACUUGAUCCUCAACCAGCAAUGUUAAUAAAUGCAUAAUUAAGAAAUAUAAAACUACUACUUACCAGAAAAAACUAGUAGAAUUUGGAAUUGUUUAGCGGAUGAACUAUUUGAGCUCAUCGACCUUAGCUUCCUUUAAAUCGGUUAUUCUUAAUUAUUACUAGGAGUAAUCAGAGCUUAGGAGAGUGCGCUCGAUAUGUUUGCUAGGCGUACAGGUAGCAGUUGAGGGGAAAGGGUGGAUGGUUCUUGCGAUAGAUAACUAUGAUUAUGGCAUAUUUUGAACGUAAGGGUUGCGUACAGCGAAACCUCGAUUUAAACUGUGUAUGAUAAUGAAAAGGUUUUGAAGGCUAGUGAUCAGCGUGAUGUCGUAUGGUUCGUCUAAGUGCUUGUUAUCUGAGGAGACACUGGCUAGAGUGCUAGCGCUUCGGGCGUGUAAAAAGAACUUUUUCAGUCGUUUUAAUGGCGUAAUAGAUAUAUAUAUAUAUAUAUAUAUAUAUAUAUAUAUAUAUAUAUAUAAAAUUGUAAAUUGCUUUUUUACCCAGGAAGCACUUAAGAGUUCAUAUGAACUCGUUUAAACGCGUCCGUGCGUUCCAGAUCGAAUUGGAAUUUGGACGUGUUGGUUUCUGAGGAGAGGGGAACACCGGAAUACCCGGAGAAAAACCUCUCGGAGCAAGGGAUAAAACCAACAACAAACUCAAACCACAUAUGGCAUCGACGCCGGGAUUUGAACCCGGGCCACAUUGGUGGGAGGCGAGUGCUCUCACCACUGCGCCACCCUUGCCCCCAGAUAUGUUCUACAGGGCGCAGUCGUUCGAAGGCUGAUCAGCGCUUAACCCGGGUUUCUUUUUCUUUUGUUAAGAAAUAUUUCUUUGGAUAAUUUUCUCAGUUAUUUUUAAAAGCGUCCAAUCAUCAACCUGUUGGCAAAAUGAAGCUUCUACAUCUGAGUUCAAAUUUCGCAGUAACUCUCCUCGCCUGGGUUAUCUUAACCCAUCUUUGAACAACCCGGUCUAGGUACUGUUAAAAAGCAAACAGUUGACAAAGUUUUAGAUGUCAUCAUGCAUUAAUUUUAUUUGAUAUUGGGAAUUCCACAUGCAGACAAUUACUGAAAUUUACAAUUAAAUGCCGGAAACCGUUACUGGCCAGUCUUCUUAACUUGUGAUGAUAUUAAAGAACGAUCCAAGACCACAUUUUUUAGGUGAAUGCCGGGGCACAAUGAUUGUGUUUGAACGCUGGUUCACUUACACUACACCUCUCAAUUUAACACGUUUCAAGGGAAUCAUGGCAGCCUUCAGUGGAAUGUGUGUGCGGCUCUCGUCAAUAACUUUUCCAGCAAUUUAGUCGAGUGUAUUGAUUUCAGUGGCUUGAGUGGCGCUACUGUGGGCUGGUCACGUUUUUCCGAAUAAAUAACAUAGAGCUAAAAUGUUCGUUUGUCCAGUGCUGAAAAUAUCACAAGUCAUGAUGAAAUGGUGCCGCUGAGCUUCACAUCUCGGUAGAUUUACUUGGUGGAAUAACGGCCGCCGAGCUACACAGCUCGUUAGAUUUACUCUAUGGCACUACGGCCGCCUAGCUACACAACUCAGUAGAUUUACUUUGUGGCACAACAGACGCUGAGCUUCACAACUCGCCGGUAAAUUUACUUUGUGGCACAACGGACGCUGAGCUAAACAACCCUGUUUGAUGCAUGCACCAGGGGUAGCACGCAUUUUCCAAGGAAAAAUAUGAAGGCUUAAUCCAAAGUAAAAUUUUACUCAGGGUGUAAACUUUCAGCACACUUUUGAAAGAUGAACGCUUUGGAAGAUUCAUUGAACACGGAUCGAUAGUAGACCUUCAGCAAACUCUUAAAUAUGUACGCUUUACGAAGAGUCAGCACACUUUUGAAAGAUGAACGAUUUACGAAGACGAUAACACACGAAUUACCACGUGAGUUAGCGCGUCAAAGUGAGGCAAAACGUAAGCAAGCGCCUCAAAAAGGGGCAAAUGUGUGUCGAUGACGACGACGAGUGCAAUCUCGAAAAAAACUCUUAUUAAUUGCACAGGACACCCAAUAAUGCACAGAACACCCAACAAAAAUUAGGGGUUGAACUCUCGUACCUCGAACGCAAUAAGUCCGCGUUAGCUGUUAACUUGUUGUAUGUAGCUGUAGUUUUUGUUGUAUCUCUUUGUUUUUUAGUAUGUCUUGUUUUUUUUUUUACUAGUAUCCGGGUCCGCUGUAAUUGGACACGGCUGCUGCGGUGUCCCUGCCAACGUUCUUUCUGUUUGUUUUCUUUUGUUUUGUUUUUCUUUUGACGAAGCUAAUAAAAUACGAAGUGUAUGUUAAAGUUGUUUAAAUGCCAUUAUUAUUCAUUCAAAACAUUUCCCCAAUUCUGAUUGGCUAAAAGCACACACAUAAUUCACCAUAACCAGUUACUGAUGACCAAAUUUGGAAGAAUUUUGUGUUUAACGAGGAAAUGACGUCAAAAAUGCAGCGUUCGUGCAGGUUAAGGCACCGUUAACCGAGAAGACCUGGGGACGAGGUUGAGUUGUUUUGGUUGUGAAAACAAAAAGUGGCGGACACUUCACUCUUUUCAAGAGUAAGAACUAGGCGAAAUAAUAGCUAAAAACAUGGCAAGAACAGCAAGAACACAACUCGAAGGGCGACAUCUGCUAUUUGGAGAACAUUUGCGGAGCUUAAAAACCCUAAACGUGCACUAUCGAAGGUGAACUUAACAUCGAUCGAGGUAAAAGCAUGUUUUAGCUUUGCUUUUAAACUUGGAAUUAUUUUGAAUGAAUAAAAAAACAAUUAUUGAAUCCGGCUUUCGCAUCAAAUGAGGAAUUAUGGACAUCUGGGAGGGUAUUAUCCGCCUCGGCCUAUGGCCUCGACGGAUAACACCCUCUCGAUCUCCAAAAUGCUUCAUAAGAUACUCAGCCUCAUUCAUUAAUUGUUAAAUAAUUCAUGAAAUUAAUUUGUAUUUGCUAUAUUGUUCCUCAAGUGAAUGAAAUACAUGUAAAGGCAGAUAAUAUGAGAUAACUACAUUCAAAGAUAUAGAAAUAAGAGUAGGUUUUCAUGACCUGCAUUAACUCUGAUUGAAAUUGGUGGUAUGCAUUUGUAUUUAACAAAUAAAAAGGCAUAUGAUAUUAGUGACACAUAUCGAGGCCUAAAAUAUGGGUCGCUGAAAAGAAUAAUUGUUAAUAGUAGUUUCUCAGUAUUAUAGAUAUAGAACAGGUGAUGUGACUACUUUUAUCAAUAGAAUCUUAAUUUAUUUGUUAAAUGAAAAAAGCCUCUGCAAGAAAUCCACCCGCACAUGGUAACUGUUGUAAGUGAAUAGUUAUUUAAUGUUAUUCUUAUUUUAGGUGGAGGCGGUGGUGGAUUUUAUUCCAGUGGAAGAAGCUCAACACAGUUCGGAGGUUCAAUGGGGAAUGGUGGAGAAGGAGGCAAAGGAUUUCUUCAGGGAGGAGUGGGUGGAAGAGCCUGGUAUUACAAUGCUGUAGGCGGGUUUGGAGGGGGUGGUGGCGCUUAUGGAUGGGGAGGGGGUGCUGGAGGUGGUGGAGGCUACUCUGGGGGAAGUAGCGGGGAUAAUGAAGAUGACUCCUGCGGAGGAGGGGGAGGAUCCUAUAAUACUGGAAAGAAUCAGCAGAAUGAAUGCUGUUAUAAAACAGCUGGACAUGGUCAGGUGACCAUAACAUUGAUAUAG